CAACGAAAGUAACGAGAUGGACCAGAGCCUGAUACUCGGAUGAUGAGGCGGACGGAAGCAUUUGACGCGACAUUCCAGCAACGCGGGAAGCGCGCCGUGCUUGAGGCGUCAUCGCCAUGGCACUCUUUAAUCCAACCUUCGUAUUCGGCGUCUUCGUCGUCAUCUACCUCUCGUCCUUUGUCCUCUUUGCGGUCCUUCGAAUAGUUACCGGUAUUUCCAUACAGCGAAUAGGAUAUCUGUCCCUACGCCGAUUAGCUUAUACCCCCAAGGAUGGCGUCAAGGUUGAGAUCCGAGGUCUCGGACUUAAUCUUCAUCGCCCGACAUUCUCCCAGCCUACGUGGCUUAGUAUAGUCGUAAGCGAACUCACUGUAACUUUAGAUAUUAAGGUACUCGAGGGUCUGAAGAAAUCCGGAAUCGAUUCGAGCGAGAGCGAAAGCGAAGAUGAUAAUAGCCGAGGAUCACAGUCUACGGAGACUCCACCUAAGAACAAGCUCCCUAAGCGGGUUAAGUUCGAGACCGCUCGUAGCGCUACUUGGAAACAACUCAUGGUAAUCAAAGAUAGAAUCAAGAAAUUGCACCGAAAUGUUCGUUGGAUUCGUUUGGUUGACCUCGUGGCUACCGAUUCAACGCUCAACAUUGUGGACGCUGGAAAAGUUCAAUUUGGCAGCUUCACUAUUGCACUAGACACUAGGAAUCGCAUGGUCGAUCGCGCACGUUUCUUCUUCCAGACCAGAUCCGAUAAGCAGCGCCAGCAACAUUCUGCCGAAUGGAUUGUUACUUUACGAAGUGUCUUGUUCACCGAUAAGGGCGGCGCCGAAGCCAUUGAGGUCUUGGAUAGUGCUACGCUGAAUGUACACGGAUUUCUCUACGAUCAGCUUGAUGGACUCCGGGAUGCCGCCAUUGCCUUGAAGCUUGGCAGGGUACAUGUCCCCUAUGACGAUGUUCGGAGUUGUAUCGAUCGUUUUCAAAAGUCCAAGCGCCAAUAUCCGCCCACGUAUAGAAACGUUGAAUCCAUCGAGGUGUCGGUUGAUAAGGUUAUCCAAGAAAUUGAGACGCCUGGCAGUACCGAUCAGGAGUUGAUGCAGACGGUGUCUGAUUCUAAGGAAUUCGUGAGCUCUAUUCUUCGGGGGGUUAAGGAAGUGCAGUUUGCAGUGAGCUUCGUCAGUCUUACAAAGAAGGUUGACGCUGUGAAGUCAGCUGGUUCUCCCUUGCUCUUGAAUGCCUCGAUGAAAGAGGUUGGUAUCGACCUACAUCGCUUAGAUCCGAAGUCGCCGGCGCAUCGCAUGUACUUUCCUUCGAAGGAUAUCGCUCACGAGGCUUUGGCUGCGGCUCUCUCUGUCUCCGUUGGGCUCGACGAUGGCAACGGCAAUCCAGAAAGGGUGAUAUACAUCCCCAUGGCCACUACAACUGUGAAAACUACUUUACCCUCAAAAACCGUGGAACUCUCAGAUAUCGGAAGCCCUGAAGAAAGAAAUGCUAAUAUCCUCUUCGCAAACUCCGUUGUCACCUCGCCUUCCGUUGAUUUGGAUCCGAAACAUCUUCCAGUACUCCUCGCUCUUCUUCGACCUCAACCAAAGGCUCCGAAGGCCCAUGUGCAGCAGAGACAUAGGCUGAUCUCUCGCCUACUACCGAAAGCCAACAUCAAGUUCUCUAUGCAUGAACCGGUUAUAAGGAUAUCUCUGCCUCCAGUUCAGAAAACCAAUGAAUCAGAUGAUUUUGACUUAAUCAUCUCAUCUAUCUCUUCCAUCUCAAUUGAUCUCGAGUCUUUCCAUUCUGCCGUCGAAGAUUUACAUUACUCUUUAGUGUCGUCUAUGCGAAUUCAAACUCACAAUCUUUACUAUCAGACCGCUCAAGGCAGUCGCUUUGAUCUAAUGGACACGGAGUCAUUCGACCUCAAGAUCCAAGUCUCGGCAACCCCAGACGUCCAUGUCAUUGCGAAUGGCAAUCUUCAAACAUUUGCGGUCCGCAUGACCCGUCCGGAGAUAACGAAGGGUUUGCGUCAAAUAGUUCGCCAGCUCAAGCUCGAUGUUGAGCCCGAUAAGCGGAUGGGAUCAAGGUCACAGAAAUCGAAGAAGAACGUGGUUCGGGCCUUGCCGCCAUGGUUGCUUCAUUUCAACGUUCAGGUUGAAGAUUUCAGCGCCGAAAUUACUGGAAUUGACGAUGAUUUCCCUGGGCAUACUAGGGGUGUUGUGCUCCAAAUGGAUUCUUGGUCGGCCGAGUAUCGAGCUCAGCGGUUAGAUGCACUUCGACAGCGUCCAAUUUCUAGAAGAAGAACAGCUAGUCGGUCUUUUAUGCCUGACGCAGAGUUUUUGAAAUCAAUUUCUACGCCACCAUCUCCAAGGAAGAAGCAGCAGAGCGGCGGUGAUGGACGAAGGCUUACUGUUCAUACACGGGGUUUGGAGGCUUUCAUAGUAGAAGGGCCUGAGAAAUGGGAACUUGAGCCCUUUGUCCAAAUACCUCGCUUCGAGAUAGCACUUUCGACGCAUAGUGAUGGCCAGGGUCCCAUACUACAUGUUCAUUCGCAUAUAAGAACUCUCUUAGUUCGAUAUUCUCUAUUCCGACAUUAUUCCUUGGGCGUUGCUGUCAUGGUUUUGCGUAGGGCGUUUGUUAGAGGGCCAGUAUCGCAACGUCCAGCGCCACCAACAAGUCCGAAAACUCCGAAGACCGGUUUCCUUAGUCCUCCGCUUGUCUCACCAGACUCGCCUAUCGCUGGCCAAAUGGAUGAUUUCCCUCGCCAUCAUAAGGAGCUCGUUACGUUUGACAUCAAGGCUGCGUUGAUUCAAAUCAAGGCUGAAAUGCCUUCCGAUCCCCCGUUGAUGGUACAAAUCUACGACAUGGAAGCCGGACGUCACAGAUGGUCGCCGCCAUUUUUCUUCUCAAAAUUAGUACGCGUAUAUGCUGGCGCACCUAGAAUGCGUGGUGUUUGGGCACGCAUCGCGAGCAUCAAGACCGUUCGUUUAGACUAUCGCCAGUCAAGGAGAAAGAUGUCGACCGGUGGUUUUCACGACGAUAAAAUGUUCGAUAUUGUUACCGAUGCUAUGCGAUUGGCCGUGCCUCAUGAGCUUAUCAUUAAUAUGAUAUCCGACAAUAUUAUUAAUGUGAUCAAAGCGAGUCAGCAACUUCAUCAUCGCUUCAAGACGGGCACGAACGAAUAUAUCUUAGACAAGGCACCGGAAGGUCCGAAGAAUGUUCCGAAGGUCUCUCUGAGGACUCGCACACUACUAUUUGAACUUGAAGAUGGCGCUUUUGAGUGGAAACUAGGAAUAAUAUAUAGAGCCGGGCGUGUCGAACAACUUCAACGAAUUGCACGAGAGGAGGCAUACCAAGUAAAGGUGAAAAAGAUCCACGAAGAAGAGAUGAGGAAAGAGUCAAGUCGGAUUCGAAAUCGAUCGGUGAUGACGAGAGGAAGAACAGCCACCUCAAAUGCGUCUUGGGGUCGUAGCAAGAGUGAAGAUGGUCUUUCUAAAUUCGGUCGGGAUGAGCGCUCCAGUAGUGAGGCACCUACGAAUAGGAAUCCCCGAUAUGACCCGGAAACGAUCCGCGGUAUGAGCGGGAGCGCCCACGUGUCAGUUCAGGAGGCUAGACUCAGACUUCACGAGCAUAAUGCCCAAAGCUGGAAGAAGCGUAUCGACCGUAACUAUCUGAUGGCAAAGAAUGGGAUGAAGGAACUUCGUGGCCUCUUCUGGGGGCCGGAUCAGAUUCCCGACGACUUUGAAGACAAUGAAAAAAUACUCGAGGUACCCCAACGACCGGCGUUGAUGGGAACAGUCAUAACAGAUCUACACGUGCUGAUUGACAAGCCAUCGUUCCCAAUGCAUAAACUACCGGAUUUCCUCCACAGUGUUGGAAAAGGGAUGCCAAAGGAUAUGAAGUACUCUCUUCUCGUUCCUAUGAACGUUCAGAUUAGUAUGGGUGAAGUGCGGGUUAGUCUUCGGGAUUAUCCUCUACCCUUACUCCAUGUCCCCGCCAUAAAGUCUGGUCAAUCGUCGAAACUUGCAGCUCUAUCUCUCAGAACAGAUUUUGUAAUUGCAGAAGAAUUCCGUGGCAAUGAAUCAACUCGCAGGAUCAAGGUCGAAAUUACUCCACCGAAUAGUAGUCUGGAGCCGGGAAUGCCAAAUGGAAGCUUUGCCAUCGAUGUUCGCCGCACAAUCGGACCUGUUAAGUCGUAUUCAGACAUGAAUAUAGACAUCAAUACUGCUCAUCCUACCAGAAUCACCUGGGGCCCUUCGUAUCAACCAGCUAUUCAAGAUAUGAUGAUGGUUAUUGAGUCAUUCACGAAACCGCAAUUAGAUCCUUCGGAGCGUGUGGGUUUCUGGGACAAAAUCAGACUCAAUUUCCAUUCUCGACUUCGGGCCGCGUGGAAAGGAGACGGUGACGUGCACCUCGCUCUUAAGGGCACGAGAGAUCCAUAUAACGUUACCGGGAAUGGUGCUGGGUUUUUAAUGUGUUGGCGAAAUAAUGUCAAGUGGGAUGUCCACACUGACGAUGACCCCAAGAAAUUCAUGGUCGUUGAUAGCGGCGAGUACGUCCUCGCUAUCCCAGAUUACAGCCACCAGGCCAGAGAGGAAUCGCGUCGUGCUGGAGAUGAAGACAGUGUUAGAAGCGACAACAGUUUCAAAUCCGGUGCAUCGUUCAAGAAAGUUGUCAUGAAAGUCUCGGGUAACGUUCAAUGGAUGGCUGGUCUCGUUUUCGAGCAGGCUAUCGAAGAUGGCAAACGGAAUUUCGACUUCAAGCCGCAUUACGAGGUCGUUUUAAAAUCACCCCAACAUGCUAAAUCAGAGAGCGACUCGCUCCCCUAUGAUGCCUUCAGCGGCUUUAGAAGCGAGCACAUACAUCUUUCCCUCGCUAUAAGGGCACCAGUCGAUCGUCAUUGGACGUCAUCAGAUGCUCAAUCAUCGAAGAGCUAUAACACUGUACAUUUAACCCCUCGGUUCUUUACUCACUUCUUUGCUUGGUGGUCUCUAUUCAGUGGUCCGAUGUCACUUCCCGUCCGUCAAGGAUCUCUCUGGCCUGGACGAGAGAAGAACAGCAAGAAGUUCGGAAGACAUCUAGGAACUAUCAAAUACAAUCUUCUCUUGGCCCCCUUAUUCCUCAGCCAUAUCUACAAGCACAAGGAUGUCGAGGAUAACGCCGAGAACUCCGUUUCAGCCACCGGAAUUAAAGUUAGAUUCGAUAGCUUCAUGCUCGAUAUUCACCAACGCCGAGAAGAGUUCAACACCCGAGAUAGAGGCCAUAAGACAAAUGGGCGAACAACUGGCAUGAAGAUUCACGCAGCCCAGCUCGAUCUUGUAUCCGCAGACGUCCGUGCUAUUUCUGCUAGUAUGAGAGGCACGACUACUGAGGCAAUCAAGAAGAAUUCAGUUGCGACUUUGAUGACACAACAAGAGAACGACAGUACGAAUCUUUCCCAUUUCACCAUCCCCGACGAUGAUUACAGUUGGAUCGAUAUGGAUGACUUUGUGGAGCUUGACUGGAUCCUCCCAUCGGAACCAAACCCAGAUACAAGGAUACUUCCGCUAGCAUUCGCUCCGCGCGUAACCUACUUCAGGCAGACUGAUAUUGGCGGCACGAUAGAUGGGGAUCCAGACCGCACGAGUCCUUUCGGGCAGGAGCCCACCCAUUUCUGUAUAAUGAGCCAAGAUGACGACCCUAGGAGGGUCCAAUAUCAACUCAUUCAAUCCCGUCUGGAGCAGCUACAAACUCAGAUUUCUACCAACGCGCGCAACAUUGGCGACGCCGAAUUACGCAUGAUCCGAGACAAUAGCAAUAACCCCGACAUCAAAGCUGAGUUUGAAUUGCUAAGCAAACAUGCCAUUGCCUUGAAAGAAAAGCUAUCUUUCAUGAAGAAUAUGCUAGAGCAGGUAGCUAUCAAAACAUCGACGGAUGCCCAAAGUGGUUCAAGUGGCUCCCAGUCUACGAAUCGCGAGUCCAGAGAGUGGAUAGAUAUGGGAGACGGCAAAGUUAAAGUACCAUCAGGGACAGAAUUCGCCAGCGAUUUCAAGAACAGGUUUGUCGUCCACAACAUGCAGUUGAAGUGGAACAAUCUGUUACGAAACAUCAUUCUGCGAUAUAGUCACCAAGUCAGCCAAAGACGUGGUUUCGUCUACUAUCUAUCCAGGCCAGCCGUCAAAUUUAUCCUAGAUAUUGUCGAAGAGCAGACAAGAGCCAAGCAAAACAGCAAAUCUGGCAAUAAGUCGAACGACGAUACGCAACAAUCAUCAGCUGCUAGUAGCACUGUACAGCCCAGCGACACAGAUCCAGACAUAGAGUAUCGUAUCAAUCAAAUCCUAAAAGAUGGUAGGAAAUAUGUCAAUGCUGAUGGGCACGCUGGUUCUGAAGGACCUACCAACCCCAAUAUGGAAGAUAUUACUAGCGGUAUUGCGGAAGAUUUUGCUCCCCAAAAUUCGUACCACGUCCGACUUAUCGCGCCCCAAAUCCAACUCCAGAGUGAAAAGAACAAGAAGCAUGUCGUCCUGAUUACUGGAAAAGGAAUGGAACUGAAAGUGGUCGAAGUCAUGGAGAAGGCUAGACUGUUUGAUCAAGUCAGCGGAUUAGUCCAACGACGUUUCUUGCUUCAAAUGGACAGCGCGCAGUUCUUUGUGACCCACCAGAAGUGGUUCUCCGGUCAGCUGCUGUCUAUGUAUUCAGGGAACACGUACGGUACGCCUUCUGGUUCGUCAUGGCCACCUUGGGUGCCCAUGGAAGUCAUGUACGAUUUCAAAUCAGAUCCAUUCGGCUUCAAGCGAGUGGUGCAGAAGACAUCGGCCAUGCUAAGAUACGACAAGUUCAACACUCUUCGUUUGAAGUACAACGAUGAAGUCAACACCGAGGCCAAUCCACUAGCGGUAGAGAGCACCGAGAGUAGGAUGGAUAACCUUUGGGUGGAAUUUCCUCAAUUGAGGGCUCUUUGCAACUCGUCGCAAUAUUACGCGGUCUACGUCAUUGUCCUAGAUCUUCUCAUGUACAGCGAGCCUCUAGAAAAGACGAGAAGUGAAAGGCUAGAAAAGAUAAUAUUGGCGUCGGACUUCAGCGACCUUCGAGGAACACCGGAAAUGGUCACUAGGUUGCAAGAACGUAUUCGGCAACUAGAAGAUAUCAAAGCGCAUUUCCAAAUUCAUUCUAAGUAUCUGGAUAGGAAGGGAUGGGAAGAUAGAUUACUUCUCGAACGCGAUCUGGCUGCUUGCGAAGACGAGUUGUUUUUUAUGAUGAAAGCUAUUACCACUUCGCAACGCAAAUCCAACAAUGCUUCGCAGAGCAACGCUUUAUUGAGGUGGACCAUUGCAGCAAAGGAGAUCGUUUGGCACCUUAUUCGGGAUAAUACCGAGCCUCUCGUUGAGCUGCAGCUAAGGGACGUCGAGUACGAUCGGACAGACAACUCUGAUGGAUCUCAUAUUAACUUGAUGCAAGUGGGUAAAGUCCUAGGCUUGAACCUCAUGCCGGAUGCGAUUUAUCCUGAAAUGGUCGCGCCUUACUUUGAGGAUCAAAAGGCCGCCUUCACCGGUCUGGAAGACAACCAGAUGAUCCGGGUUUACUGGCGCAUGCUGGAAGCUAUUGCGGGUAUACCAGUGAUGGACCAUUUUGAGGUCAAUCUCUUCCCAAUGAAGAUUCAGCUGGAGCGUGAAGUAGGAAAGAAACUUUUCGAAUACAUCUUCCCGGGACUAGACGGAGAGAAGACAGAUGAGCAGACCGAUUCGCCAUCUGCCCCGAAGUCAACAUUCCCCGGUGAACCAGAGGAAGAAGACCCCCAAGAUGACUCUGUAUCUAGCUCUAGUAGACUUGGGACUGCGGCCUCUGACAAAGAGCCUACGUUUUCCACGCGUGCUGGGUCUUUGGAGCUCCGUCUUCGUCCUACACUAACCUUCGAUUCUCGCCCUAAUGAAGACAGCAGUCUGAAGACCAAAGCACCUAGCGUGUACUCAGGCGACGGAGGUAGUGUCUUCCGACUCUUUGGUUCCAAGACAGCAACCAAGAAGCCAUCAUACGAGUCCCUGCGGUCUGUCAAUGCUGCACAACAAAAACCGGGCAUUGGUCGGUCCGCGACAAUGGCGGUUGGCACCGAGAAUAAGAAGGGUGGACGAUUUGGUCUUUCCCGAAAGUCAGCCAACUCUGACGAGAAGCCUUCAGAUGAUCUGACAAAGAUGGUCUCACGUGCUUCCAGUUAUAUGACUUUCGCAUACAUCAAGUUACCAUCAGUCGUCCUUUGCCUCAGUUACAAGGGUAAAAGCGAUCGAAAUAUUGAAGACGUGCACGAUUUUGUCUUCCGACUGCCAACAAUCGAAUAUCGCAAUAAAACCUGGUCCAAUCUCGAUCUAGCUCUGGCCUUCAAAGGUCGCGUGGUCAAGGCGCUGAUCUCUCACACAGGCGCAAUCAUCAGCAACAAAUUCAAGCAUCGACCAAAUACUGCACAGCAAGGCAAGCUUCGCGAACUAGCUACGAGCAGCGUUCUCCUUGCAACCCCAUCCACGUCCAAUAACGGCGAUAAUAGUGAUGAUUCGUCAAGUAUAUAUGGAACGAGCCCGGUCGAUUACUCGCGGUCGCCGCCGAGAAGUAUAAGAAGCGCACACUCAAAUAUUCCAGCACCUCAGCGAUCCAAUAGCCGGAGCUCUAGUGUUGCUUCUUCUCGCUCAUACACCCGCAAAUCUUCCAACGGUGGAGAGACCAGCACCAGCACCACAACCACCACAAGACCAGCACCACCCUUGCCAUCCUUCGUUAAGAUGACGACGCCGCCAACUCCGAUAGAUCGCACUCCUACCGGUCUAGGAAUUGACAUGCCUCGACCCAAAACUAGUGCCAGCAUGCAUGCAUUGAGUCCAUUUCGAACGGCAACGGCAUCGCCAGCCCCUGCUGGUUUUACCCAACAGAGAGAGAGGCGGAAGUCAAUCGGCACCGGCUUCCUCAAGGGCAAGUUUAAUGCUUUGACGAAUCGGCUGAGGGACCGAGACAAUAGUGAUAGUAAGAGCGUCAACAACGAAGAGUACGAAUGCGAGGACGAUGACGAGGAGGCCAUGUAGAUGGAUUCGAAUAUCAAGACAAUCGACGUAAUCGAAUAUACUAAUUGAUAAUACUCCCCGGAGACGGGAAGGCGUAUAUGCGCCCGUGUAUAAAUCGAAGGUUCUUUUUUGGAGAGGGGAUGUACAUUUGUGCAUUGUAAAAAAUAGUUGGAUUCUGAAACCACUGAGGUGCCUACCUACUCAACACUUGGGUAACCGACGUCGGUCAAGGUCGCUGACCUUCUUGUUACUUUGUCACGAGUACUAUAAUUUUCGCUUCCGGAGUUUCGGGGAGGCAACGUUUGGCUAAAAAGCCGGUAACUAACCUUUAUAUGGUUACGUACCUACCUUACAUAUAGACCUUGGAAUUCUCUUAUCGGCGCAUAAGUUGCGGUAUACAAAAAUGGCCCUCGCCUACCUACUCGUUGUUUGGUGGCGGGGGUGUCCGAAGAAGCGGUUAAAGAAGCAUUUGCAUAGAAGCGGUGGGAUUCAGGUACAUAAAGAUAAUGGGUUUCUGAUAUUGAAUGAAGAUUAGUUAA